AUGUUUGCAGUGGACGAGUUCAUGAUUGGAGGCGCAACCAUUGCCGAUGUCAUCGAGGCACUGGAAUCACUCCGAGAGACAGAUGGCCAAGCCGAGCCACCCUCGCAAGCCGGCCUAUUACAAGACAAUGACGAGCGACUAGCGAGAGAUAUUUCUAUACAAGAGUAUUAUGCAUGGCACUCUGCCUCCAGCAAGGGAUCCCGUGAUGACGAAUGCGCACUCGAAUGGCCCACCCUCGAGGAUAAGGGGCCACAUCAGUCGCCGAUCGGAGGCCACUGA